AUGGGCAACCAAAUGAGUGUCCUCCAGAGAGCGGAAGACCAAGAGAAUGAGUCAGAGACGGACACCCCCAAGGUGGCCGCUGGGAGCGAGUGUGAGCAAAACGGGGUGCCAGUGGUGCUGUCCACCCACACCAUCCAAUACUACGACGAAGUCGAUCUGGGGAUCAGCCUCCAGCAGGAUAAUGUGGCCGCUUCUUCCUCCGAGACAACGGGGCUCCGCGCGGGUGAGGAUGCCAGCGCCGAGGACCUUGGGAAAGAGGCCAAUCCCGAGCCACCAGCUGCUAAAUCGCGUUUUUUCUUGACGCUCUCUCGGCCUGUACCAGGACGUGCCGGAGACCAAGCCACGGAUUCAUCCCGGGAGUCCGUGACGCCUGAUGUCAGCCCCGCCGAAGCUGCGCCGAACAAAGGCGCGAGUGAGAGCCGGGCACUUCCGACAGCAGCUGCAGGCGGGGGCGCCCGGGAUAAAACCCCCGAGCAGGCCCCGAGCGCGGCCACUUGGGGACCAGAGCCUCUCCCACCUGGGUCGGGGGGCGCAGCCCCGUCCAAGCCCAAGGACUCCAGCAUUUUUGACAAACUCUUCAAACUGGACAAGCGACCGGAAAAGGCACCGAGUGACAGGAUACAGGAGGCGCAGAGGGCGGAGCCCCUGGACCAGGCGGACGGAGCGGACCAGGCGGACGGCAGCCGGGGACGCCGCGGCCGCCAUGCCCCUGCGGAGGCGGACGUAGUUGACAUCGAGGGCAGAGAAGGACAGGAAGUCAGAGCUGUGAGCGACUCUCUUCCUGGGGACCCAGCAGAACUGGAGGCUGUAAAGGAGGACCCCCAGACGACAAACAUAGCAGAGAAUAAUAAUCCCAUCAUGAGCUUCUUUAAAACUCUGGUCUCACCUAAUAAAGCUGAAGCAAAAAAAGAUCUGGAAGAGCCGGCAUGCAAAGCAGAAAUUGUCUGUGAUGGCCAGGUUGGGCAGAAGACACCGGAGAGCCACGCUAAAGGCGCCAAGAAAAAGCACCUGGACAGCCCCAGGCUGGGACUCGCCUUUAGGAAAUUCUUUAGGCAGAAGGUCUGUAUCUUGUUAAACGAGCAGGAAAGAGAACCCUGGUCUGCACAGGAGCUGUGGUCAGUUAAAGAGGAGUCAGUCCCCACAGGUUCAGAGGAGAAUGAGGUGUGUGAAUCGCCAUUAGAGGUUGCAAAGUCCGAAGAAGUAGAAUCAGCCUUACAGACAGUGGAUCUCAACGAAGACGGUGACACUCCACCAGAACCCACAGAAUUAAAACCCAAAAGAGAAGAACGCAAACCACAGAAAACCUCCAUCCUGGCGUUUUUCAGACAAAUGUCAGUGACGGGGGAUGGAGGGGUCACCCACCCGGAGGACUCAAAUGGGAAAGACACCGACGACCAAACAUCAAACUCAACAGAGAAGGCCACCACACCUCCAGAGCCAGAACCUCCAGUGGCAACCCCAAAGGGCAGAGAGGGUUCGAUCAAGGACAAGAAGGCAGCAGUCGAGGUGAACAAGCAGAAGAGCAACAAGCCGGAAGCCAAAGAAGCACCCCACUGUGAGCCGGCCGCGGUAGAGGUGAACUCACUGCAGAACGGCGAAAAGGCCCAGAAGAGACCUGAGAGACGGCGGCAAUCCCUCGGCGGAUUCCUCAAGGGCCUGGGGCCGAAGCGGAUGUUGGAUGCGCAAGUGCAAACAGACCCAGUGUCCAUCGGACCAGCUGGCAAAUCCAAGUAAACAAAUCACUGCAGCCCCGGGGCUCCCGCCCCCGAGAUGUCUUCUCCCCUCCACCCCCCAGUGUACAUACUCUGUCUCCCCAUGGUGAUCGAGUGAAAAUCCACCUACAAAUUAGCCUGAGCUGUUGUAUAUUAAGGUGUAUUAUUUAUGUCUCUGGUCCAGUCUUACCUGGUAAAUGCUGUAAAGAUGGUCGGGCAGGUUGGCGAGUGAGGUCCCAGGAGGUGAAGGUUGCCAAGCAGGGGAUGGGGGGGCAGAUGCCUUGGCGUUGAGGGGUGAAACAUGGUGGUCACAAGUAGUUGCCUGUUGGGAGGAAUUGAGCACGAAGAGGGAGAUGAAAAUCCCUUUGUUUCAAUUCACAUUUGAGGAGCAAGAUCUGGGGCCUGUCGGGAGGUUGCCAAUUUCUUGGGGUGGAAUGGGGCGUGGGGGCUCGGAUGAAAAACGGGGUGAGUAAGAGUUGGUUUUCCAAUAGGACCCUUGAAAGUGAUUGAGGAGAGGGUAGCGAUUGACUGGAAAGGGCUCGAAAUGAUUUGGGAAAACAACGGCUUUGGGAAGUUGGGUGAGAAGAGCAAGGAUUUUACUUCAAAAAGACAAAAAAAAAAAAAAGCCGGAAACAAAAUAGACCAAAUUGCACGUUUACUUGGCUACACCAGAGGGCGCCCAGGGCGCCCCUGAACCGGCUCGCUGUAUCUAUCCCUAACCGAGAUUUGGUCGCGAUCUUACAUUAUUAAUGUUUCUCAGAUGGCUGAGGGCUUGCUUCAUCUGUUCUGUCUGACACUUAUCUCAAGUCUGUCUGUAAUUCCCUAAUGUGCUCUGGAUGUGUUCUGAUAAAGCCCAUCCCGUAAUCCCAGUUAAUAAACAUUUACAGAAGAUGAUUCAAAUACCUGAGAUUUUUAAUACGUGUACAGGUGAAUAAACAGGACCACGAGUCCAUUCAAGUGGAAUUCAAAGUAGCACGUGAUUGACUGAUACCUUGCUCACUGUAUCUUGCUUUUUCUGACUUAAUAAAAAAAAUACAUGUACAUGGAAA